AUGCUUUACGCCGUGCUUCCCCCCGCCUCCGACCCGCUUCCCCCGCUUCCCUCCGCCCAUGCGCGCGACCCUUCCCCCGCAAGCAGCGCAGGCAACGCGCACGGCGCCGCUGCGGUUGGCGGGGCAGCGCAUGGGCGGAGGGGAACGCACGCGCGGGCGAAAUCGUGGGACGUAGGGGCUUGCGCGGAAGGCGGGGAGAAGGGGGAACGCGGGGACGCGGGGAGAGGAUCCGCGGCUCCGCGGUUAGUGCCCGCCAUGAUGUCAGUGUGUUGUGCUGCUGAGCACCCAUCGCUCCACUCACCGACACCUCACUACGAACCAACUACCUCGCUUGCGCCCGCUCUCCCCCUCCUCCCCAACAUUCCCUUCACCCCAUCUCCAUCCCCUUCAGUCUUCCUUCCUCCAUUCUCAUGCGACCACCCUUCCCCCAAUGCCCUAGCCUUGUUGGAAGCCAGCUACGCAUGUCCCUCCUCCUCUUCUCUUCCCUUACUGCUCCCUGCCCCGUGCCCAUCUCUUCCCCUUUUGGCCCCAUGCCACACGACUCUCAUCCCCCCUUUAAACCCUCAGAGCCAUGUGACAGCAGUGGAGGUGACUUUAGCAGAUGGAAGGUUCCUCGCAACUGCAGUGCUCCCAGCGGACGAGGCAGAGGCAGCCUGCAGGGCGAGCCAAGAGCGGGCGGCAGCCGCCCACUCCGCCGCCCAGUCCGUGCCGCCCAGGCCCGCCCGGCCGUCGUUCCUGCGCCUUUCGUCUGCUAGCUUCAGCAGGAGCGGCAGCAGAAGGCAUAAGUGGAAAAGCCAAGAGGGAGUGGGGGAAGCAGACGGGAGGGCUGAAGCGAGAAGGGAUGGCGCGUGGGGAGAGAGCAGUGGGAAGGAGGGUGUUGUGAGUGGGGGGGUGGAGAGAGGGGAGGGUGGGGGUGAAAGUGGUGAGGGUGGUGAGAGUCGGAGGAGAAGGGGAGGGAAUGGUGAUGAGGAUGAGGAGGAGGAGGAGGUGGAGGGGAGUGGGGGGCAGCGGCAGCGGUGUGUGGCGAGGCGGCAUGCAGCCGUGCUGCUGGAUGAGAGUCCCACCACGCACACACCGCACAUGCUAAGGCUCAGAAUACCCAAGAUCACUUCCUCCACCACACCUGCCAACCUUUCUCUACCUCCUCCAUUACCCUUUCCCGUUCCCCCUUACUCAUCAUACAACACGGCAGCAGUGUGCGUCAGUGUGCGCGUGCGGGUGACCUACAUAGAGGCGAUGGCGGGGCGGCAGGGGUACAGCGAGAUGAGCUUGCCGCUGACAGUGCCCUUGGAGUGCGUGCCAGAUGACCUGGCAGUGCAGGACGUGGUGCGCGUGAGCUGCACCAUCAACAGCGGGCUGCAGUGCCCCAUGAAGAUUGGUGACUUCAACCACCCCAUGAAGGUGGUGUGUGUGGACUUGGGGCGAGCCACGUUUGUGGGCCAUCAGAGCGACGACGACCCCGAGGCCUGGCCCAAUGCCGACUUCACCAUCUCCUUCCAGGUGGGCGGCAAUGCGGGCACCACAAUUUCGGCUUCUGGCCUUCAUUUUUUCCUUGUGCCUCAAAAAUAG